AUCAAUCUCUAAGGAUUGUCAGCGGGGAAAAAUGGGGGUAAAGAUAAUGGAAAGCUCUUCGACGAGCUGGUUUUUUAUUUAUUUCAGUAAAAUGAAUCUGCUUUAACAAACAAGUCACUGUUCUAUCAAAUAAAGUGAGGACUUAAUUUCAGUCAAUCGGCCAUUUUAAUCAUUUUUCGAAACUAGAUUGUUCUCUCAGAUAAAGCCAUCUGGUAGGAGCAAUGGCUAACGUAAGAGGAGCUGUAACGUUACAUAAACCUAAACUUUACAAGUCUGUGAUUGAGGAUGUGAUCAACGAGGUGCGAGAGCUGUUCCUGGAUGAGGGUGUGGAUGAGCAAGUUCUUCUGGAGCUGAAAACGCUAUGGGAAAACAAACUGUUGCAGUCCAAGGCAGUGGAGGGCUUCCAUACGGAGGAGCAGGCAGCCCUGCAGGCCGCUCAGCAGCAGCAGCAGGUUCAGCAGCAGCAGCAGGUUCAGCAGCAGGUUCAACAGGUCCAACAAGUCCAGCAGGUGACCCAGCCAGCACAGGCCCAGCAAGUCAUCCUGCCCCCUCAGCAGCAGCAAGCUCCCCAGCAGCAAGUCAUUGUUCAGGAUUCCAAGAUUCUACAGCACAUGAGUGCAACAGGGAUGAGUGCAGCAGCUACCGCAGCAACCCUUGCGUUGCCCACAGGGGUCACCCCAUACCAACAGCUCAUCACCAGCCAAGGUCAGAUCUUGCAGGUGGUCCGUGCUCCCAAUGGGGCUCAGUACAUCAUCCAGCAGCCCCAGCAGCAGAUCCUCCUGCAGCAGCAGAUGCAGCCUGGCGGCGUGCAGGCGCCGGUCAUACAGCAGGUAUGCCCCAUUAGACAGGUCCUGGCUCCUCUGCAGGGAGGCCUUCCCCAGCAAACAGGAGUCAUCAUCCAGCCGCAGCAAAUUGUCUUAGCUUCAGGAAACAAAGUCCAAGGCAAUACACAGGUGAUGCAGGCAGCAGCUCUGACGCAGCAGCCUGGUCAGGCAGCAACAGCUCAGGUCCAGCAGGCCCAGGGUGCAGCUGCAACACAGGGCCCACCACAGGCCCAGCAGCAGGCCCAGAUGCUCCAGGUGGACGGUGCCGGAGACACCUCCUCGGAGGAGGACGAGGAUGAGGAGGAGGAGUAUGAUGAAGAUGAGGAGGAGGAGAAGGACAAGGAUGGGGGAGAGGACGGGCAGGUGGAAGAGGAGCCGCUGAACAGUGGUGACGACGUCAGUGAUGAGGAGGACCAGGAGCUGUUUGAUACAGAGAAUGUAGUGGUGUGCCAGUAUGACAAGAUUCACAGAAGUAAGAACAAAUGGAAAUUCCACCUGAAGGACGGGAUCAUGAAUCUGAAUGGGAGAGACUAUGUCUUCUCCAAAGCCAUUGGGGAUGCCGAAUGGUGAAGUAGAAAUAAAAAAAAAAAAAAAACAGACGAAGCAACAGGAGCAGGAACUCUGUAACUCCUUCUAUCCAGUUAACAGACACUUUUAAUAUCCUUCCAUAUCCUGUGACUGGAUUCAUUUCAGGAAACUUCUUCUGAGUCUUUGAGAACUCCGAGGAACCCAAAGGACUGUGAGGUACCGUAUAUAUUAAAAAAAAAAAAAAAAGAGAGAACCUGGGUGUUGUCAAAAACACUCGUCUGGCCUUGCGGGAUGCGAAACCUACAAGGGUAAGGGAAAGCCUGUGAAUAUAGCAUUCUUCAUCUUUUUUGCUUCUUCCAGGCUUCUCCACGUUUAGUUUUUUUUUCUUUUUCCCUGAGAGAAUUCACGUGCAUUGGAACGUAAGCAUUUCACAUCGUACAGGUGUAGUGGACCAGGGUGAUCUGGCCUGUCCUGCCACAGGAGGGUCAGCGGUCAUUCAUUAGAACCCCGUAGAUGAGAAACCCCUCCAUGAUGCACAUGACUGUAGUCGGUUGACUGGAUUGACUCGUGUCUACAUUUAAGUCCAAACUUAGUGCCACCAGUCAGAAUCAACAUUUGGCUUCUGAUUUUUGUUCUUGGCUCAUAACUUGUCUCAAUUCAUGGGUAAUGAAAAUGGUGCUCCAGAGUGUUUUUAUGUAGUGAACAGUUUAUUUUUUUUUUUUUUUUUUUUUUUUUUUGUGUUCAAGACAAAGAAGGUAAAAUUACAUGCAUCCCUAAAAUAACUAAUAGUUGUUAAAUGGCAUUAUUUUAAUCCUCUGAGUGCUCAAUCCAAAAAUAUUUAAUUAAUUUUCCUCAUCUGCUUCUCUGGAGCUUCAUUUCAUCUUUAUCCAAACUCUUUAACAACAACAAAAAGGAAGAACAGAUCCAACACUGAAUUUAUUUAAGAAUUGUACAAAAUGUCUGAAAGUUUGUCAUGUCGGUGUAUCUUCUUUGCUCUUAUUUUAGUUCCAUGCAGCCGUCUGAAAAUUUGCACUGUCAGUUUUUCAAUGUGUCGUGAAAUUAGUCAGUCAAGUUAAUCAAUAGCCACAGGGUGUGUGUGUGUGUGUGUGUGUGUGUGUGUGUGUGUGUGUGUGUGUGUGUGUGUGUGUGUGUGUGUGUGUGUGUGUGUGUGUGUGUGUGUGUGUGUGUGUGUGAGAGAGUGUGAGACUGUACAGUGACUGUCAGGCUAGUGGUGAGUAUGUUCAUGUGUGUAUGUUGAUUGUGUGUUGUCACCGCUUUUCUCUGGAAAUCUAUUCAAGUUUUUUUUUUUUUUUUUUGCACAACCCACAAUCUCAAAAUGUCUCGGUAGUAAAUUAGUUUUUAAUUAGUCAUGUUUUGGUGGGGACAGGGCGAUGUCCUAUUUUAAUUUUUUUUUAUUUAUUCCUGAAAGUUGAUGACGUGUUUUUUUUUUUUUUUUGAAAGGUUGGAAAGCCGCACCAAACUGUGCUCUUAUAAUCUAAUAAGUGUUCCUUUUUUUUCUCUGUCGGUUGGACAAAGCUACAUAUAGCUGGGAUCCAAAUAAUUUCGUCCACCAUAUGUUCUCCUGUGCUUUCGUUUUAUUCAUGACUUUUAAAUGAGAAUAUUUUCUAUCAAAGUGAGUUUCACUCUGGGGCCAGUGUGUUUCUCUGCAGUUUGUUUUUAGUGCCCCUGUUGCAGCAAUUUGAAAUAAAGUAUGUGUUUUUUGA